UCUGGAAAUAUAUUUUAUGACCUUUUACUAUUUACGUCACUCGUGUAGUGAUGUAGCGAGGUAUUGUAUCGACCGAGCUGUAGCGUUUAACAGGUGGACUCCUUAUCAUAGUUUUGAUAAGGGUCCUUUGAAAUGGUGAAAAUGUCGGGAAAACGCUCGUUAACGUAUUAUUUCGCAUUUGCGGUUUUCUUCAAGCUCACAUAUUGUUACGAGACAGAGAAAUAUUCGCUGUACAUGCCGAACGUGAGACCAAAUACGCCUGAACUAUAUCUAUGCACUCCAGUACGAAUAGAUUUUACCAAAAACUAUUAUAUUACUGGUUUUGAGCCAAAUGCGACAAUGCAAACAGCUCAUCAUAUACUAAUUUACGGAUGCAGCAAACCAGGUAGUGCAAAGCCAGUUUGGAAUUGCGGAGAAAUGAUGAAUACUGCAGAUAUACGAGAUACAGCGUCUCCUUGUAAAGAAGGGACACAAAUUAUCUAUGCAUGGGGAAGAGAUGCUCCAGAAUUAGAUCUACCAUAUGAGGUGGGCUUUAAAGUAGGCGGUGACUCUCCCAUACAAUAUAUUGUUCUACAAGUGCAUUACGCACACAUUGAUCAUUUCAAGGAUGGCAGAACAGAUAACUCAGGUGUAAUUUUACAUUAUACAACAUAUCCAUUGAACAAAUUGGCUGGUGUUAUUCUGUUAGGAACAGGUGGCAUUAUACAACCUAGGGAAGUAGUACAUAUGGAAACUUCUUGUCGUAUAACAGAGAAUAAGACUAUUUAUCCAUUUGCAUAUAGAACACAUACUCAUUCACUAGGAAAAGUGGUCUCUGGUUAUGUAGUAAAAAAAAAUAAUCGUGGAUUGAAUAAGUGGAUCGAACUUGGGAAGAGAGAUCCAUUAACUCCUCAAAUGUUUUAUCCUGUUACUAACAAAAUUGCAAUUACGUUCGGUGAUAUACUGGCAGCUCGUUGUACAAUGGAAAAUACACGUGACAGACCCACUUAUAUAGGUUUAACGAAUGAAGAUGAGAUGUGUAAUAUGUAUAUUAUGUAUUAUGUUGAGAAUGAUAGCCCGUUAAAGCAGAAGUAUUGUUUUUCUCAAGGGCCACCUUUAUAUUAUUGGAACCAAGAGUUAACUAAUAUUCCUGACAAUGAGGCAUCUAUAUUGUAAUAUUCCAAUCGAUUGAUAUUGAUUAUUUUGAUAGAUUGACAUAAUAGAUCAAUUUUAUUUUAUUAUGUAAAAUUAGGAAAAAUUCCAACGUUUCCAUAGACUGUAUAUUUAGAUGCAUUUAAUUCAGUGAGAUAGAUUGAUGUUUGGGGAUCAAGCCGUCCUAAUUUAAUUUACAAUCGAUUUUUUGUUAAUUACAUUUAUUGAUACACUCUUGAUAAACUUUAAAUAUAAAUUUAGUAUUAGUUUAUUUUAUAGAGCAACGUUUUCUUAAACUUGGAAUGGUUUAUAUAAUUUUUAAAAUUGUUCAGAGGAUAUAAGAUUUUAACAAGUUAUUAUUAUUGAUUUUUAAGAUAAACAAAUUUAAUUUAAAUGGAUAA